GUAGCUGCCCAUCGCUUUUCUGACCCCUUCGAUACUUGUACCUUACUACGGGCAGAGAAUGGAAUACUACUUUCCUAUUUGCUCCGCGGCGGAAAUUGAUUUCCGUCAAGACGGCCAUUUAAACCGCCGAAAUCCCCACGCCAGUACUGUGCUUCAUCUUGCCAUCUCUACUUACAAAUCUGAGGCCGUGCCAGUCCGUGGCUAAUCCAACCAUGCUAAGCAAUAAAUUGGCGAUCAGUAGCCUAUCGUUGGGCCAGCACCCUUCGCACCUGUUAGACCACAAGAUUGAGGUCGCCGCUUCCCAUGGCUUUGCGGGUAUUGAGAUCGUCUUCUCUGACAUUGAAGUCUACGCACGAGCGAAGCGUCUUUCUCUGUCGGAGGCAGCAGCAGAGAUUCAAGGGAUAUGCAAAGCACACCGGAUCGAGAUUCUGUCCCUGGCUCCAUUUGAGAACUUCGAAGGGCAUAACUCGCCUCUCGAGGCGAGGCUGCAAACUGCCCGAAAGUGGAUUAACCUUGCGAGAAUUUUAAACGCGAUAUAUCUCCAAGUGCCCGCUCAGUACAGCAGUGACUGCACGGGGGUUGAGGCGGUGGUCGUCUCGGAGUUACAGCAGCUCGCAGAUCUUGCCCGUGCGCAACAGCCCGUGGUCAGCAUUGCUUACGAGCCGAUGUCAUGGUCCACGCAUUCCUCGACAUGGCAGACAGCACUGCACAUCGUUCAAUGUGUCGAUCGACCCAAUUUUGGACUUUGCCUAGACAGCUUCCACGAGCUCACGAAACUGUGGGCGAGUCCAUGCGACGCAUCGGGUAAGCUGCCCAACGCGGACCAUGAUCUGCGAGCAUCACUGCGCGAUUUCCAAGAUCAUUGCCCUCUCGACAAGAUUUUCUACGUGCAACUCUCCGACGGCGAACGGUUUAACCCCCCCUUUUCAACAUCGCAUCCGUGGUAUCGCGAGAGCGAGGCGCCACAGUUUACAUGGUCACGGCACGCGCGUCCAUUUCCCCUGGAAACUGAGCUGGGUGGAUAUCUGCCUGUACCAGAAGUCGUAAAGUCCUGGAUUGCAGGUAGCGGCUUCCAUGGCUGGGUCUCGCUGGAAAUUUUUGAUUGGAGAAUGAGGACGCCUGAAUUUCGGCCAGAGAGUGCUGCGUACCGCGGUCGUCAAUCCUGGCGAAGGCUGCAGGAGGCACUGACGCACCUUGGCAGUAAUAUGUAGCCGGAGGCCAUCCGACUGUUGUUGACCUAUGUCGAUUCGGCGAGAUCACCCAGGAGGGAUUGAAUCCUCGCCGGGUAGCGGGUGUUCUGUAGUGAUCGAUGAUAACUAUGGAGAUAUAGUCUAGACCUAUGUGGAAAUAUAAACACAUGAGGAACUCUAGAUUUUCACAACGUGUUACGUGAUGCGCAAGAAAAC